AAAAACGUGCUCAUCUCCGUUCUUUUAGGAGGUUGUGUUUGGACGUCAGCAAACGUGUGUGUGUCCUGUCUGUGAACUUUAGGGUAAAAAGCCAACAUUGCAAAAAAUUUGUUGCUUAUUUCAUUAUUUUUUUGUUGCCGAUGAGUAUGUGAUUACAACUUAUGGAUAUCGGAUCCGAAUUCGAUGACGAUUUUUUUGAAAAACCUAAGGAAAAACAGCCAAAUAAUCCAACGAACUAUGAAGCAAAAGUUUGCGUGCCUCUAUGGUUCAUGGAUACUAAUCUAGCAGAAAAGGAUGCUAGUGAUGUGCUUGUUGCUUUAAAACAUCAAGCAGAUUAUCACUAUUUUUCUAAAAAUUACACUAAAGCCAUAGAAAUGUAUCAACGAUGCCUUGAAUUAGUUCCAUCAAGUAAUAAUACUUGGAAGAGAGAAUUUAUGGAAAAUCUUGCUCGGGCUUAUCUGCAGAUAGGAAAUGCAGAAAAGGCACUGGAAUGGAGUCUGAAGCUGGACAAAUCUUCUUUCAGUCCUGAUCAGAAGCUCAUAUCUAUGAAUCUUCUAGCUGCUGUUUGUCACAAACUAGGAAAAUAUGAAGAGGAACUUGAGGCUCUUCAUCAAUGUCUUGAAGCCCAUAAGUCAUGUCCUGAAUUCUGGCAUCGUCUUGGACUUUGUUAUGCUGGAUUAUUCAAUAUUGAUUUGCCAGAAUAUUCUACAACUGAACCAAAUCCAGAAAUAGAAGCUUGCUGCACUUUUAAAUCAAGGUUGAAUUCGUGCAGGCAUCCACAAGCUCAAGAAAAUAACCCAAGUGCCAAUUUAGUUUGUUCUUCAGACAGUGCCACAACGUGCUGUGGAAUCUCAUCAACUACAGAUGAAAGCUCAGGUGAUGUUGCUAAUAGCAAAUGUCAAAUAUGUACAUUAGGAACUCUCACUGUGUCAUCUUGCCUCAUACGAACUAGAACAUUGAUAGAUUCUGGGGGAAUUAAUCAUUUGGCUGUAGAACGAGAUGAAAGAAUGAAAGAAAAGAUUGCCAACAGUUUGAAGCAUAUGGAAAUGGAUCAGUCAUUUAUUGAUGUAGCUUCAACAAUGUUAGGGUCUGACUUUUUGCCUGGGUUACAAAAAUCAGAAAGUGCUUCUGAUGAUUAUAGCAACCUGACCACAAAUAAAAAUUCAACAGUUCAAGAGUAAAUUUUUAUAAAGCACUGGAAAAUAUACUGCCUCAGUUCCUAUUCAUUUUUAAAAAGUAUAUUAUGGACCACAAUCUCAAGAUGUUCUACUUCUGUAAAUAAAACUUUUUUUAGAAAAA